AUGGUAGAGGUCAUCUGGCCGCUCUCCGUGCCGACCUGCCCCAACGAACGGGUUUCCGGCCGCGGAGUCCUUCCUCUACGGACCUUUAUCCAGGAGACUCUGCGUCGGUCGCGGACCAGCUACUCGACCCUCCAGGUUGCUCUGUACUACCUGAUUCUCAUCAAGGCACACGUGCCCAGGUUUGACUUCACUAUGGAGCAGCCCGAGGAUCAGGCUGUUCGCGCCUUGCAGUGCGGUAGGCGCAUGUUCCUUGCCGCAUUGAUACUGGCAUCGAAGUAUUUGCAGGACCGGAAUUAUUCGGCUCGCGCAUGGAGCAAGAUCUCUGGCCUCAAGGUCAGCGAAAUCAACACCAAUGAAAUGGCUUUCCUCAAGGCCGUGAACUGGAAGCUUCAUAUCACCGACCCGGUUUUCGAACGGUGGCAGGCAAUCGUCCUUCGGGCCGCGCCUUCGUCUCAGCCGCCGCCUUCGCCCGGUGCCCCUCAAAUGCACCUUGGAAUGCAUGAUUGGAAGACCCUCAUUCCAAUGCUCACUCCUGAGCUCGACACGUUCGAUGUCGUCCGCAGGAAGUCUGUUCAGAUCUGCAUUCCGAAGCGUCUGACCCCGCCCCCGCCCCCGGCCACUAUUUCUCCGGUGCGCGAGUCGUGGAUUCAAGAAAGCAUACCAGUCUCUCGCACCAAGGCGAAUGCCUUUUGCCUUGAGCCGAUGGUGGACAUGACUCCACCUGCGCCAAUGAUGUCCCGUCUGGGACCGCUCCCCACGCCGCAAAUGACUCCUCAAUCGACUAUGAGCAACACUCCUGCAGUGAGUGUGGCCUCUAUGGGAUCGAGGCGCCCAUCGAUGUGCGCUGCCAUGGCUCACCAUCAGACCAUGAUGUCUGCUCGUUGCAAUCUUGACCAGUGGACACCUACUCCUCGCUUCAAUGGUUUGGAAGCCUACCAAUUUUCUGGACGACGACCCUCGCUCGCAGCGUCGACGACGUCUUCGUCGUCUUCGCCUGACUCCAUGGUUUCGGACAACUCGUCUCGGUCAUCUCGUGCUUCUUCGAUUUCUUCGGUCUCGUCUGCUGCUUGGGCGCCGAACGCCAAACUGGCGAAAUUGGCGACUUGCCGCAAUGCGGGGCUGCCCUACCCGGGGCAGCUGAAGGAGAAGGAGAGCUCUGAGAUGAUCUCGGCCAUUGUCCCGAGCGAAUCUUUGUCGUCGCCUGAUUUGGAGGGCUUCCAUAUCAAUGAUGCGUUGGAGGCCACUCCGGUUCCCUUCCAGCAGAACGAGAAUGUUUCGCCUAACACUCGCACUGAUGAGGUAGCCAAGGGUCGCAAGCGAUGCAGAUCUUCUGUGGAUAUGUCACUGCAGCAGAACGUGCGCGAUCUCGUCAACCCCGAGAAGCUCGCAGCCGAAACUCUUCUCACCCUCGAUCCUUCUGUUCUUCAACGCACCCCGGGCGUCGUGGCGGAUCGCAACCUUGCUUCUUCGUUCCUGCUCCACACUCCCGGUGGGCGAACUCCUUCCUCGACGUUCGACUUUAAGGCGCUGCAGUCACCAUUUUCAGUCGUCCCGGAAGUUCGCCGCCCAGUCCAGAAGGAUCUUGGCAGAAAGAGGGCUUGCUGCGCAAGCGAAGUUGCUCAAGUCCUCCAAGCGAGGGCUGGCCCCGGCAGGUGGGAGGGUGUCAUCUAG